GGUCCCUUGCAUCCUCCAUUACAGCCUCAGCCGCAACCUCAGCCUCAGCCGCACCAUCACCAGCAGCAGCCGCAACACCAUCACCAGCAGCAACAGCAACACCAUCAUCAUCUCCAAGGGCCGCCACAGCCCUUGAUGCCCAUGAACCAGCCACAGUUCAGGCCUCAUAUGCAGGCCACACAGCAACAGCCAAAUAACAACAGGAUGCAGUGUCAGCCGCGACAGGGUCCAAUGAAGCCAAGGCAUAAUACACCAUCACAAAAUAUUAUCAAGCGUCCAAAUCAGCAGCUACAGUCAACUGCUCCAAGAAAUAGUAACUUGCGUGAGUUGCCGAUAGCACCAUCACAUGCUAUGGAAAUGAGCAACAACAGGCGAACUUCUACCCCAGCUGCUCAGGUCAAACCCAUUACCAGCACGAUGUCUGCCACCAAGUCUGUAGCUGGUGUUGGAAACUCACAGGGAAGGCCUGAGAUGAAAGCUAAACCAAUCACACCAGUGGGCCAAGCAAAAUCAGAAAUAAAAUCUGAACCAGAGUAUCCAGACGAAGAUGAAGAAACUAGAUUGUAUCGUUUGAAGAUAGAAGAGCAAAAGCGUCUAAGAGAAGAAAUUCUGAAACAAAAGGAGCUGAGGCGGCAGCAGCAGGCUGGUGCUAGAAAGAGGGAAUUGCUCGAAAGACUUGCGCAGCAGCAGCAGCAGCAACAACCUUCUAUGCAACAGUCCUACACCCAGCAGGAGGACGACUCCUCUGAGUUCCCCACCAAUGGCAGCCCUUACAUACCCCACUCUGGCUUACAGACCAGGCAAAAUGUGAAAAACAGACUCCUUGUUAGAAAGCAAGAUCCGGUAGUUCCAAAUAUCCAACCCAAACCCACGGAGUUCCCACAGUUCGGAGCGAACGUGCAGUAUCAAGGACAGCAGAUGAAGCCAGUAAAGCAGCUGAGGCAAACUAGAACAAUACCUCCAAGUCAGCCUCAGGUGCCGCAGAAAGUACUACAGACAAAGCCUGCUGCAGCAUCGCUGCCCACAACACAGACUGCUCGAGUGGCUUCGGUGCAAGGAAGGCCCCAGGAACUGAAACCUGGCGUGAAAAGGACUGUCAUGCAGCGGACAAACAGUGGUAGUGGAGAUGGGCCCCAUGUCGGCAGCAAAGUCAGGGUGAUUAAGUUGUCAGGAGGGCAGGGGGGAGAGGAUGCUGGCUUUUUUCACCCAGAGGGCCAGCCCCAGCGGCCUCAACAACCCCCGGAGCCGAAACAGCAGCCAGUGCGGAAGGUCACAUUGACAAAGGGAAUGCAACAGCAGCAGCACCAACAGCAGCAGCAGGCACAGAUCCAUUCACCAGCUCCUCAAGGAGUCAAAAACAUCCAGGGAAUCCAUCAACCUAAAAAGGUCAUUAUGCACGGCAGAGGCAGAGGAGUAGCAGGCCAGAUGGGCCGAGGACGCUUGAUGCCAAAUAAACAGAACCUGCGAGUGGUGGAGUGCAAACCUCAGCCCUGUAUUGUGUCAGUUGAAGGGCUUUCUUCAUCAACUACUGAUGUCCAACUGAAAAACCUGCUGAUGUCAGUGGGACCCAUUCAGGCACCCCCACCCACACACACUACACCUGGUAGCAAAGACGAGCACGUGAUGAUACUGCGGCACGGGAG